AAAAUAAUAAAAAAAAAGAACGAUAUCUUUCCUCUUAAAAAAGUCGAUUUCGUAAGAGCUAAAGAAACGAGCAUGCGCAGUAAACACGAAUGCUGAGUCAUUUAUCGAGUCGACGUCGGUGGUUUAGCGACAAUUUCUCUACUCGAAAUCUCUGUAAACAGUUAAUUAAACGUUAUUAUAUAUGAAAAGUCAAGCGAAUGAACCCAUAUAGUAUCCCGUGAGGUAACUUGGAUACGUUUUCGAUACGUAAUUAGUCAAGAUUUUAAAGUAGUCGAGUAAACAGAACCGGAGCCAAACUUUGGUCGGGAUUUGGUUCGUUCAACUUGGACUAGGUAUAUGAAGAGACGUAAAUUGCGUCUUUUAAAGGCAGCUUACGACCUUGAAGCUUAUUCUUUGUUUCACUCAAUCCGUCUGAUGUGCGUCGAGAGUGGUCUCGUUCCUGAUGUAACUGUAUGAGAACAAUAUAAGAGUGCCGUCAGCUGAUUUGUUUGAUGUUACUCCGGAGAAGAUAGCCGAAGAUUUGUACUCUGUUACCUAAAGAAGAUGCUCUCGUGAUGAUCUUAAGAUGAAGUCGUGAUCGGUGAUGGGCUCUGGAUGAAUGAUUUUCAUUACAGAGCUACGUAUUUAUUAUUUGAGCUUAUACUACUGAAUAGAGGAAAUUGGAAGGUAUUGUCUUCUUUCGUUCGAAAAAAGUAAAGGAAAUGUUUCGUUAUAAGAAGAUAAUAAAUUCAGACUUGCUGCAGCUGGCUUUGUUAGUCAGUUUGUUGCGGUUGGAUUUGGACAUGUAUUUGGAUGGACGAUUGGAAAAUCGCUUCGAGACUCAUGACAUCUUUCUAGGAACAAAUUUAGCGUAUUCGCCUACUCAGUAUCAUCAUUUACGUCAUUCUUACGGUGAUUAUGUGCAUUCUAAAAGCAUUGACUUAAUGUACGAUAGAUUUUCGAUAUUUGCCGAGUUGAAUUCCUUGGGAAGAUAUGAUAGAUUUCCGUCAUGGUCGAACGAUAUAUUUGCUUAUUUAGUAGAUCAAGAACAAGUGCAUAAUUCUCAGCAGUCUAUUCCUAAUGGAUCGAACGAUCCUCCGGAAAGUGCAAAUAUUCAUAAUGAAGAACAAGAGAUUACCCGGAAUGAGAUGGUUGAGAGUGAAUCUACUAGUGAUACUCAUAGAGAUUCUCAGUUUUCGACUCCUUCCAGUUCAGAACUUAGCUUUGAGGAUAUGAAUUUAAUUGAAAUUUUAUGGAAGCAAGAUAUUGAUCUUGGAAUAACUAAAGAUGCUUUUGAUUGCCGAGGAGGAGGAGAAGUGAGCAAAACAAAACAGAAUGAGAAUUCUGUAAAACCAGAGGUAAGAAAUAAAAUAGAUAUGAAUUUAAUUGAAAUUUUAUGGAAGCAAGAUAUUGAUCUUGGAAUAACUAAAGAUGCUUUUGAUUGCCGAGGAGGAGGAGAAGUGAGCAAAACAAAACAGAAUGAGAAUUCUGUAAAACCAGAGAAGGAACCCACAGAAGAACCACAAAUACCACCACCUUUAGAUCCUUGGGAAGGCAUUGAUUAUACAAUUGAUGGAGAAACUGGAGAGCAUAUUAUAUUGGGAAGUUCUGAAAAUCAAGGCUUGGAUGCUACAAAUUCUGAAAAUUGCACAUUAAAUGAUUUGGAUUUUCAGCAAUUGGCAGAAGAGUUACAAAAUAUACCUCUGGAUGAAGCUUUAUUUUUAUUUAAUGACAGAAAACCAGAUGAUGUAUCAGAUGAAAAUGUACCAAAAAGUAGUAAUUUUGAAGCCACAUUUCCAGAAUUGAGAUAUGAAAAUUUUUCAUCAGAUAUUAAUAUGACUCUUGGUGAUUCAAACAAUGAAUGUUUAAUUAAUCAAAUGCAAGAUCUAGAAUCUCUUCUUGAGAAAACUAUUGAAGAAAACAAUGAUAUUAAUCAGAUUAAUGAAGGUUGUCUUCCAGUUACUGAUGAAACUUGGCAAAACUUUACAUCAUGCUUGGCAUUUUCAUCAAACACUUCUAAUAAUCAAAACCAGUUUUCGGAACACAUGAGGAAUAAUAUAAAUAUUCCAGAGCAUAAUAGAAUGCUAUCUAAUAUUUCUACUGUGAAUUCAAACUUUAGCAGUUUGUUUCCAAAUGUCCUAUUUCAAAAUGCAACAUUGGGAUCUUAUUCUUAUUCUUUUCAAGAAACAGAGAGAAAUAUAAUUCAAGACAGUGCUGUAUCAUCAUCUAGUGCAUUAUCUAAUCAUAGUGAUCCUAUGGCUGAAAGUAUGAUGAAUAUUACAUAUAAUGGAAGUUUUCCUGAACUCUUUUGUCCUAACAACAGCAGCAUUCCAGAAUUUUUGGAAAACUUUGUACUUGAUGAGGAUCUUCAAUUAAUGGAUAUGUCAUGUGAAGAAGAUGAUUGUGACAUGCCAAUAAUUAAACAAAUCGAAGAUUUUGCAGAAACAAGUGAUUCUGCUGUUUCAUCUAUGGAUUCUGAUAAAAGUUCUUCUGAUGGUGAAUUUCAUGAUUCAUCAUCUGAUAUGUCUUCUGUUUACAAUGACACUUUUAAAGCAGAAACAUUUUCAUUUCGAUCAUGUUCAAAAGAUAGUUCUUCCAGUAGACAUCCACCUAUAGCUCAAAAGAAAUAUAAGUAUUUUGGGAAGAAAUCAUUAAAUUUUAAUGAAAAGGGUGAAAAUGAUGAUUGUAAUUACGGAAAACAUGAGAAUAAGAGAGAUACUGAUGAUAGAAAACCUGAUUCUCCUGAAAAACACAAUACUCACGUUAAUUCUGGAAUGUCUGAGAAUAUUGUUAAUGAACAGUUUGAUAAAUAUUUCCAUUAUCAAAAUAUUGGUACAUUUAAAAAUUUUGAAGAAAGUAUUCGUCAUAAUCACACAUAUAAUUUACCAUCUGAAGCAAUGUGCACAAAACAGAAACCUGUUAUUAGAGAUAAAGAUUAUUCAGAUGAAGCAUCAAGGGAUGAGAGAAGAGCCAGAAUGCUUAAAAUUCCUAUUUCAAAUGAAGAUAUUAUUCACUUACCAAUUGACGAAUUCAAUGAAAGAUUAUCUAAAUAUGAACUCAAAGAAGAACAAUUAGCAUUGAUUAAAGAUAUCAGGAGGAGAGGAAAAAAUAAGGUUGCUGCACAAAAUUGUCGGAAAAGGAAAAUUGGUCAGAUUAUGAAUUUGCAAGAAGAACUUCAAAGUUUGUUAGAAGAAAAAGCAAGUCUGCAGGCAGAACAGGAACAAAUGCUUUCAUACAGGCGAUUAGUUAAAGACAAAUAUAAUCAGUUAUACAAUCUUAUUGCACAUGCACAAAGUACAUCAUCUAAUCCACAGCCAUCAGGACCACCAAAUUUCUUCUCUCAGUUGACACUGAAUGAAAGAGACAGAAAUAUAUCCAUUCCAUCUAAUACAAGUUCCUUAAACAUAGAUUCUGAUGUAGAUUCCAGCAAAGGUGCUCGAUCAAAAAGAAAAGUGAACCGUAAAUGAUUUCUGUAAAAGUCAAUUGCUAUGAAUUGCAAUAAGGUCUAUUAAAAUUUGUGAUAAUUUUAUAAAUCAUCAAAACAAUUAUACUAAUCAUAUCCUAAAUCAUUAUAAUGCAUCUGCCAUAUGUAAAAGAAUUAUUUGAUAUAAAUAUAUUUUAAUUCAUAAUUUGUGAUUUGAUGGAUAAUCUGUGAUAUGUCAGUUGAUACUAAAAGUAUAGAGCAAACAUAAUUAUAUUUUAAGAUUAAAUGUUUCAGCUUACUAAAUGAAAAUUUGUAGAUACAAGAAUGAUGAAGGUAUUAAGAAAAGUUAUUGCUCAAUUCCUGAAUUAUCCAAUUCAAGCUCAAUGGAAAAAAUCAGUCAAAGAAAUUAAAAGAAAGCAAGAAUUUGUAAAGCAUUAUUAGAAAUAUUUAUUGCUAAUGCAUUUUAAAGAAGUUAUUAAGUUUGUUACUUCAUCUUAAUUUCUUAUUAUUUUUCCAUUAAUUGAGAUUACAGCCUAAUUUACUUUGUAUUGAAUAAAGAGAGAAAUAAAAUUUACUUAUCCUUCAUCAAAUGUUAAUGGCAGUUUAGAAAAUAUUACUUAUUUACAAAUAUUAUUAAUUAUUCAAUUAUGUAAUUUGGAUCGAUAAUACCAAUAGCAUAACUGUUAUUAUAAAAGUAAGAAAUAUUGCACUAUAAUUAAAGUAUCUACUGUAAAUUUUAUUUACUUAAUGAUGAUUGUAGUGACAUUUAAAAGUAACUAUUUUAAUUGUAAUUUAAUUAUUUUAUGUAAUAAGAUACAUCAGUGAUCUUAAGAAACAAGUCAAAUGCAUUUUACUCUUACGAAUCAUUAAUUUUGGGUAUAUUUAUUUUAUGUAUGGGUAUAAUAUAUAUCUACUUGAUAAUUCUUUAGCAUUUGGCAGAUAUAUCAACUUGAUUUACGACAUAACCCCAUACAUGUACAUAAAUAUAAGCAUUACAUCAUAAUAGAUUUUCGACAUUUCUAAUUCAAUAUUACACGAAUGUAGCAUAAUAUCGAAUUAGAAAUGUCGGCAUUCAAUUAUUGUUUAGAGAAUAAACAAUAUUUAUAAACUAUUGAUUAUCAAUUACAAUGUACUUAAUUUUAUUAAUAUUGCAACAAAUCUAUAAUCAUAGAGAAAAAUAUUUUAACAUAUUGCCUCUCUUAACCUUUACCAUGUAAUAGGUGCAUCAUGAGAUUUGUAAAUAUAGAUGUAUAUUAUUAUGCAUUAUUGACUUUGAAAAAACAAAAAAAAAUAUAUAUAUAUAUAUUAUAUUCUGUAAGUUUAAAUGGAUUUAUGAGAGAUGAAAUAUAUCAGAUAAAAUUAUGUAAUUUGAUAUGAUGUGUUAAGUAUUUAAAUGCAUUUAUGGGAUAAAUAAAGUUAUAUGAUUUUUGUAUCAAAAGUGAAAUUUUAUCUUUGUUUUCUUGUUGACAUUUCUGUUUAAAGAAAUGGUAAGAAACUUGACUAGUUUUAUGUAAUUGUCUAUAAUAUAUAUAUAUCUUAUCUUGAUUGUUUGAAUACUAUUUAUUAUUUGUUGUUCUCAAUUUUAUCAAAAAAAAAAAAAAGUGAAAUGAUUGUGAGUGAGAAUUAACAAAAUUUAUAUUUUUAGCAAUAUAAAAAAAAGGAUAUUUGUAAGAUUUGUCUGUUUGUUUAUUACAUGUUUUACUCCUAUGUUCCUUUUUUUUAAUUUUACAGAAGUAUAUAUACAUUGAAUAUUGUUUUAAUUCAGAAUUUUACAUGUAUUAUGCGAAAACAGCAACUCAUAUAGAAGAAAUUUCAACAUCAAAAUUUGAAGUAGGUAUUGUUGUUUUCAUUUAUUUGCUUUGUUGGCAGUUUUUCAAUUUGUAUAAUUUCUUCCUGGGCAUAUAAUGAUACAGCAUACCAAAUAGUGUAAUUUGGGCAUUUUCAUGAAAA